AUGGACGCCGAUUGGGAUGAGGUCACUCGGAUACCCUUCCCGCCUCCGGGUGUGCGCGCGAUGCAAACGCCUGUGACUACCAUGAUCUUUGACAAUGUUCAGGAACUCCUUUGGACAGGAAACGAUUAUGGCCGAGUUACAUCCUUCUAUGGCGCCGAACUUCAGCGAUACACAUCAUUCAAAGCGCAUACCUCCGCUGAAGGUCCGGUCCGCCAGAUACUCCUCAAUGAAAAAGGUGUCAUAACCUUGGGAGCUCGGGAUCUUCACAUGGCCAUACGAAGGGGACUGCAUGAGGAGAUGAAAGAUUUGCGCUGUAUGAGUUUUACAUCCAAGGGAACAACAGAAAUCAUUGCCGCUGGCUGGCAAGACACGAUGCUUGUAAUUGACCUCAUUAAGGGUAAUGUAGUCAAACAAGUACCUACCGAACACCAGUACAACAUGAUGAAGCGUGGGCGUUACAUAUGCGCAGCUACGAGAGGUGGCGCUGUCAAUCUUUUGGACCCGGUCACCUUUGCGGUCGUCAAGACAUGGAAUGCGCAUUCCGCCUUGAUCAACGACAUGGACGCACAGCAUGAUUUCAUUGUCACCUGCGGGGCCUCCCUCAGGCCGGGCCAGGGUUACAUGCUGGAUCCAUUCUUGAAUGUGUUUGACCUCAAGAAUAUGUUAUCUAUGCCCCCUAUUCCCUUCCCAGCCGGUGCUGCCUUUGUGCGAAUGCACCCAAAGAUGCUUACCACUAGUAUUGUGAUAUCUCAGAGCGGCCAGAUCCAUAUUGUGGAUCUUAUGAAUGUCAACACUAGUAACGUCCGACAAGCUAACACCCUUGCCUUGAUUGGCAUGUUCGAGAUUGCACCUUCUGGCGAAGCGAUGGCUUUGACGGAUUCUGACAACAACAUUCACCUGUGGGGAUCGCCAUCGAAGCUUCGUUUCGUGGAAUAUCCACAACCUGUCGAGUUCGCAACCCCACAAGAGCCUUUGCCCAACAUUGAAUGGACGGACGAGACUCCUUUAAACACAAUUGGCAUGCCCCAUUAUCGAGAGGUUCUGUUAUCUGCUUGGCCAGAUAUACCUUGCGAUGUCGGGGCACCCCCUGUCAAGUUUGAUGCGCAGUUCCUAUCAGGACUCAAAGCAACUGAGUUUGGGCUCUAUGGUCGCAAUACCCGAGGAUUGCGAAGGAACCAGGCCGAGAACACCCGCAACGUUCAUAAAUCGGGCAGCUCUGGUUUGAAGGCCCCCAAGUUCCUUAGCGAAAAGGCUCGUGAGCUUGCCUCUAGUAGCGCUGCAGACUCCGAUGACAAGAUCGAUGAGCUGCUUGGUACUAUGGCCGAGAUGGGGAUUGAAAGCAAAAAGUCCGAAGUGCCAGUUAUGUACCGCAAUGUCGAGAUCAAGUACAGUAAAUUUGGAGUGGACGAUUUCGACUUUGGAUUCUACAACAAAACCCGUUACUCUGGACUCGAGACACACAUUUCUAAUUCGUACGCCAACUCCCUCUUGCAGAUCAUGCACUUCACUCCCGUCAUCCGAAAUCUCGCCCUUCAGCACGCUGCUACCUCUUGCAUAAACGAAAUUUGUCUGCUUUGCGAGCUUGGAUUUCUGUUUGAUAUGCUUCAAAAGGCCGAUGGCUCGAUUUGUCAAGCAACAAACCUGCUGAAGACUCUUAGUAGUCAUCCUCAAGCGGGUCCGCUUGGCCUCCUCGAAGAAGACCCCCAUGGGUCAUCUCUUAACGUGAUGCUUCAGGGGCUUACUCGUUUUCUUUUGGACAAAAUUGUGCACGACGCCAAGGCAAUUAAACCGGUAUCGUCUGAGAUGGAUCAGUCGGAUAUGGACCAGGUGCUGGCUACCUCCGCGACGACUUCGAUUAAGUGCAUGAAUUGCAGAAGCGAGUAUACUCGCCCCGGUUCGACUUAUGUCAACGACUUACUUUACCCCUCUGCUGUUGGGGGCCGAAAUGCCAAGUUACCACGCAUCACAUUCUCUCAAAUUCUUAAAAACAGUAUUGAAAGGGAAACAACUUCUAAAGGAUGGUGUGGUCGGUGCCAACGCUACCAGACUAUCGCCACCAAGAAGGGUAUCCAUAGCAUACCUGAAGUGCUCAUGCUAAACACAGCCAUCACUAACCAAGAACAAAGGGUACUUUGGUCAACACCGGGGUGGCUCCCUGAGGAAGUUGGAAUCAUCGUGGAUAGAGAACAAUUCUUCUGCUAUGAGGGUGAAGAUUUGAAACUCCAUCUCCAGCGAGGCAUGCAUAAGAUCAAAGUGUAUUCAUUGACUGGCAUGGCCAUCAAUAUCGAGAGUGGGCAGACGCAGAAAUCGCAUCUUGUGUCAAUGGUCAAUGUGGCGCACGCAGAGCCAGAAGCACCGGAAGAAAGCCGAUGGCACUUGUUCAACGACUUUUUGGUGAGAUCAGUUAGCACAGAAGAGGCACUCACUUUCAACACAUCUUGGAAGGUUCCUUCGGUUGUCGCAUACCAGUUGAAGGACAAGAACAACAAAAUCGACACAGAAUGGAAGAAAAACAUUGACACUUCCAUCCUUUACCAGGACUUCAAUCCAAAUGCGGAUCCUACGACAAAGACAUAUCGGGUGCUCGACCCUGACGAUGAAGUUCCUGGCCCAAAUACAAUCAUCGCGCUCGAUACCGAGUUCGUUGCAGUGCGACAACCCGAGAUCGAGAUGAACUCGGAUGGUGAAAGGGAGACCAUCCGUCCUAUAGUAUACGCACUUGCUCGAGCAUCGGUCGUCCGUGGUACAGGUGAAGAUGAAGGCAUGCCAUUUAUCGACGACUACAUCAGCAUCAGAGAACCGAUUGUGGAUUACUUGACAUCCUACUCGGGAAUCACUGAGCAAGAUCUAGACCCUAGAGUUUCGAAGCACAGCCUCCUGCCAUUGAAGAUGGUAUACAAGAAGAUGUGGAUUCUUCUCAACCUCGGAUGCAAAUUCCUGGGUCAUGGACUUAAACAAGAUUUCCGAGUCAUCAACAUACACAUCCCCAAGUCACAAGUUAUUGACACAAUCGACUUGUUCUUCCUCAAGAAUCGACUGCGAAAGCUAUCAUUGGCCUUUUUGGCAUGGCACCUUCUCAAAGAAGAUAUCCAAAUGGAGACGCACGACUCCAUCGAAGAUUCCCGGACAGCUCUCAAGUUGUAUAAGAAGUAUCUCGAGUACCAAGAUGCCGGAAUUCUGGAAUUGAUGUUGCAGGAUAUCUACCGUGUGGGCAGAGAAGUUGCUUUCAAGCCGCCUCGGAAAGAUGAUCAGCAGUUGCCAAGGUCGGAUACGCCACCUCCAUUGCCUGCCGACAACUCAACCGGGCCGGUCACGCCGGUUAGAAACACCAACUAUUUGGCACAGACGCCUGGAUCUGCAUUUGGAGGCGCUUCAGGCUGGACACCAGGAAAGGGAUCCCCAUUGCCCCAAAGAUGCGAAGCACCAGAAGAGCAUGAGUCCACUGAUGACGAAUACCAAACCGCGGACGAGUACGAUACUUCAGACGAAGACUACAAAAGUACAAGCGAGUACCAAUCUUCAGAUGAAGGAGAGAGCGAAGCCUCACAGGAUGAUGAGACCUCAGAUGAAGAAGAGAGUGACAGGCGGGUUGCUAAAAAAUAG